AUGGGCGCGCGAAAGAGGUCGGAGCGAUCGCCGACGAAGAGAGGUUCCGCCGCGCCCGCGUUCGAGGACGUCUUCUUGUCCCCCGACGACGACGGCCACGGAGAACGGUCGGGGGCGAAUUCACCGCCCGCGCUGACGCUUCAAGCGAUGGUGGUUGAGUUGGAGAAGAAGCUUCGCUCGUCCGAAGAGCGCGCGGUGAAGACGAGCGCGCUCGACGCGACGAGCGCGGAGAAACGCGCGGCGAUGGCGCGAGAGGUGGCGCGGAAGGAGCGAGAACGGUUGAGAAGCGCGCGACGCCGACGCCACCAAACGAAAGAGCAGCGAGAGAAGGAGCGCCUGCGCAGUCGAAAUAGGCGAUUGCAGAUGACAGAAAAGCAACGUUCUACGGAGGCGCAGAACAAACUCAAGCGAAGAGCGAGCGCGAAACAACAGAAGGAGACCUUUGAGGCGGCGACUACGCUCGCAGAGGCCGUCGGAGACGGCAAGCCAGCCGAGUCGUUCGCGUGAAUAACAACUGUUGAACCGUGAUUGGCGCUGCUUAACGACGUCACGUAAACCCCAACUAUAGAAUAUAACCCCUGACUCCUUCGCGUUGAUGCAUUGUAACUAGAACCGUCGAAGCGGAAUCCCACUG